AUGAUUCCUUUCUUCCAGCGGGCUCGGGGAGAUCCUUGGCAGCGGAUUGGGCUUGCAUCUACAUUUCCCGAUCUGAGCCUGGAUAAAGACUGCUCCAAAAUCACACCGAGUUGCAAAGCAUUCCGCAUUCCCAAGGCAGAUGGGUUCUCCAGUUCAGAUGGCCCGGAAGAAGCAGAAGUCGAAGCGCCUGGGGACCUGAAGGACCAGGUUCUUGUGUUUCAAUACAAAGGGAAAUUCCACGCUGUUGAUCAUUCAUGCCCACAUUCAUCUUUCCCGCUUUCACAGGCUAGUAUCUUCGACAUUGAGGAUUUCGGCAUCACCCUGAGUGCCGGGUUGACAUGUCCAAAGCACGGGUGGUCCUUUGAUCUCUUCUCUGGACAGGGAGAUCGCGGCAACUACAAACUUAAGAUUUGGGAGGUUGAACUACGGGACCCGUCGGUAUCGAGCGAUCAGGCCUUGGAAGGUGACAAGGAGGUAUGGGUGAGGCGAAAGCAGCGGAUUGGCUGA